AUGGUCAAACUCUCCUCGGUCGCAGUGAGUCUGCUGGGCUGCGGUCUGGGCGGGGGACGGUUGGGACGUGACGGCAACGCCAUGAAGGCCACGAUCAUCAGGCUCGCCGCCCUCUCGGUUAUCCCAAGCUGUUGCGCGGCCUCCGAGGCCCGUCCAUGGAAGUUCUUGCGCUCGAGCGGGGCGUCGUCGUGCCAGGUCGAGAUCACCUCUUCCAUGAAAUUCUUGGGCUGGGGCCGGGGGUUCACGAGAUACCGGUCCAUGCUUUUGAACCAAGCCGGGGUCAGGGCGAGGACCUCGGCGGCAGGCUCAGAAACCCUUCCUUUGGCACACCACCACCUCCGCUACGCGAUGCUCAGCCGCCCGAACGGCGAGCUCACGAGGGCCGGCCAGUACUACUACCAACUGAUCGACCGGCCGCCCCCCAGCCGGCAGUACGACCGCAACCAACCCCUCAUCCGCGAGGGCCCGAACGAUUACAUCAUGCUCCGGGGGGGCGCCAAAAAGCUGCUCCGCAGCCUCCAGCCCAACGGGAACUACCACUUGACCAAGCUCGGGAAGAGCUUCUUCAAGGACAAGUGGGUGGACUGGGUGGUGCACGUGCCCGUCAUCAUCCGCGGCAUCCGGCGAAACGGCCGGAACCGCGGCAUGCCCUACGAGCGCACGAAGCGCCUGCCCGUCACGGACCUCAACGUCACUCUGCCCCGGCAGAGCGAGGGGCUCUCGGAAGCGGCCCGGAACCUCAAGGCGUCCGCGCUCGCGCAGCUGGGAACCCCGGAGUGGACCUUCAGCCAGCAGGCCAUGCAGGUCGUAGACGACCGGGUGGUGGUGGAGACCGUCCUGGAUCAGCCCCUGGGGGCUCUGCGGGACGUCUCCUACCAGCUGUACUGCGGCGACGAAAUCCUAGAGUCCGCCUUCGAACAGCGGCCGGACAAGCUUUGCGUCCCUCGGCAGCUCGCGGAGCUGAUGCGGCUGCCGCUGCAGGAGGUGCUUUCGGACUUCGACGCAAUCUGCACCAAAAAAACGUGGCGGGAGCAGGGCAUCACCCCCCGAGAGAUCCGGGAAUUCUGCCUUUGGCGCCAGGCCCCGAUGUUCUACGUGGACUGCCAGGGCCGCCUGCUGGACAAGUACGAGCCUACCGUCAAGGAGCAGCGGGCCGUGGCCUUCACGAGCUGGAACGGCCACGCCUUCUUCUACAAAUCCGCCCGCACCGUCGCGAAGUGCGAGCCGAUCGGGGAGCGGGCCAGGUACCGGGGCGAGAGGAAGCCAGGCGAAACGCCCGAGUUCAAGGAUUGGCGGGAGUGGGAGGGCGAGGUCGCCAGCGGUCAUUUCUACACUGAAGACCUGGAGCAGGUCCGGAGGGAGCUCCUGGCCGAGGGGCACUGCCCGAAGGUGGUCAUGCGAAGCAUGAGCGAGUGGCGGUGCCUGCGGCUGAGGGUGCGGGGCGGCGAGGACUGCGUCAUCUCCGCCUUCCACGAGUGCUGCAGGCCUGGAUGGGGCGGCUGGGGCUUCCCUAUUGCGGGCAGCGUCUUGCGGGCGCCGCGAGCGAGGUCUUCCUUCACCUUCUCAAGGCCCGCCGCGAUCCGCCCCCUGCUCGCGGAGCAGGACCACCAGUGCAAGCUCUGCGCGGCCCCCAUCACCGCAACCACGUGCGAGUUGGACCACAUCGUCCCCGUGCACCAGUCCUUCGCCGCACAGGCCCAGAACCUCCAGGCACUGUGCCUCGAGUGCCACCGGAACAAAACGGCCCUGGAGUCCUCGCACGCCACGACACUGGAGUCGCGCUUCAGCCGGCGGGCUUACGAGCAGCAGUACGUGGAAUCGCCUCGACUCCCGCCGCUCGUCUUCAAGCUCAACAGCCACAAGCCGGACCACAUCUGCCACGGUAUAGACGUGGUGCGGUGCCGCAAGAACGGUCUGGCCCAUGCCAAGUUCCCGGCGCCCAUCUUCUGCCCCAAGGACAACGUUGAGCAAGCCCGCGAAGGGCACCUGGCGGACCUGACCUACGUGACGCUCCGGGAGGACGGGCGUUGGGCGGCGUUCAAGCAGCUCCCCUACGUCGGCCAGGGCUGGUACGCCAAGCGGCCUUGCGACGUGGCCCUGCAGAAAAUGGAGGCGGCUUGGCCGGAGGGAGAGGAGCACUACGCGAAGCUGUCGGUGAAUGCCCUCAUUGGGCUCUGGGCACGCAACAUGUACCUGAAGGCCGUCAAAACGGACUGCGUCGUCUUCCAGGACCUGCCCAAAAAGUUCCAAGGCCUUGUGGACAGCCUGGUCCGCGAAAGGCACUCCGACGGCAGCCAGUGUACCGAUGCGAGAAGGUCAAGGGCCUCGAAGGCCAGUAUCGGUCCCCCGAAUUGA